AUGUCAAGCCUCCUUCAAACCUAUGUAUCGAAGACAUCAAUUUGUCGAAAGAGAGAACUCCUCGCACAGCUCCUGGUUGCCGAACACAGGUUUUCUUUAAGAUUUCGCUUGGCACCGGAGCUACUUGGAAAUCGUGGACAAGAGAUGACCGAUGCUAUGGCCUUAAAGACGCAACUGCUCAACAACUUGUCGAAAUUUCUCGUCCCACCGACUACUGUGAAUGCUGUGGAUGUCCUCCGUGAUGUGUUCAAUCUCUCCACACAUUGUCGCGUGUUUCACAAAAAUCCCAAAUCGUUGUUCGCGUCCGAGGAGCAAGAGAGAUUUCGUCACGAUCUUUUAAAGGCUUUGCCUCAAUUCAACAUAAGCUUAGUAGAACACCUUACCCUUCUGGGUCUGGAAAGUGCGACGACAUUUCGAAGGACUAGGUCUGGAUUGCAGUUCCUCAAGGAUGACUUCAUAGUUGGAGAUAAGGAUCUAGAGCGGGAAUUCGAUGUGCUUAUGGAUAGCGGAAGUGUGACGCGGAUCGAACUGAAUUUGGAGGAUUGGAAGGACGACAGGGCUGAGUGGGACACAGGCGCGGACCCCGAGGAUCUGAGGGGAGUCCCGGACAGCCAUGAUUGGUGGACCGAGGCCGAGAGGGGCGAUUCAUGGGGAAGAUUUGGAAUGCCGGCGGAGCACGGAUCAACACUUUUUGAGAUUUUGAAGCUGGCGAAAUUUCUGUUCUCGUGUUUUCCACAAGAGUCUAACAAUUGGCUCACGAGAACGAUCUUACGACUUGAUAGCCGCUUCCUGAACGAAAGUGAGUUGAAGAAAUUUAGGAUGACCAUAGAAAAGGCCCUGAAUGAACAUUCCCUGAUCCACGAACAAGAGAAAGGUCCGCAGAACUGGAAAGCGAACUCCUUCAGGGGACUAUUUGCAAAUACUAAUACGUAG